CACACUUUGGCAACUGCUGUGUUGAUAUUACUAUUCUGAUGCCCAGCAUUGGGACAGUAUUUGAAUAGUUUUUACAGUAUGAGUUCCCUAGAAAACAUUAGACGCAAAGUAACACUUACAGAAUAUACAGUUAAUAAUGUGAAUAGUACAGACUUUCCUGGCACAUAUGUUGGCAUUGAUGAUGCUUGGUGCCAAGCAAAGUUUGAAGAAACUUUUAAUGUAGACAUCAUCAGCAUUAGCGGGAGUGACAUGGAAUUUGAUAUGGUUGGUGUUGAUGCUGCAAUAGCUAAUGCAAUCAGGAGAAUUCUUCUGGCUGAGGUUCCUACCAUGGCAAUAGAAACCGUAGGUAUUUGGAACAACACCUCCAUCAUUCAAGAUGAGGUUCUGGCACAUCGACUUGGUCUCAUCCCUAUCAAAGCAGAUCCCAGACUGUUUGAAUACAAGCCAAAAGAGUCAGAAGAACCAACCAGUGAAGACACAAUCCAUUUCAAGCUAAAGGUCAAAUGUACAAGAAACAAUCAGGUUUCAGAUGCCACAGAUCCAGAUAUUCUAUACAAGAACCACAAAGUUUAUACAAAAGAUAUGGAAUGGGUGCCCUUGUCAGGACAAGAUCACUUGAAAAGUAAAGGCAUCCGGCCAGUCCAUGAAGACAUAUUGAUUACAACAAUGCGGCCUGGCCAUGAGCUUGACUUGGAUCUAUAUUGUGUUAAAGGCAUAGGAAAAGAUCAUGCAAAAUUCUCACCAGUUGCUACAGCAUCAUACAGGCUGCUGCCUGAGAUACGUCUACUGAAAGACUUCUAUGAUGAACAGGCAGAGAAAUUACAGAAGUCCUUUUCUCCAGGGGUGAUUGAGCUCAAAGAAACAAAGGAUGGUAGAAGAGUUGCUAAAGUGAAGAAUCCACGCUUAGACACCUGCAGCCGCAAUGUGUUCAGACAUGAGGAUCUUAAAGAGCAUGUGGUACUUCAGAAAGUCAGGGACCAUUUUAUUUUUUCUGUUGAGUCUACUGGUAUUCUACCUCCUGAUGUUCUUGUAUCUGAGGCUAUCAAAAUACUAAUGGGGAAGUGUACAAAGUUUCUCAACGAGCUUGAAGAAGGAGCAAUGGGAAAACAAAAGCACAAGAAAGGGAAAAAGUCCUAGCUUCGUUUAUAGAAUAGCACAUGUAUAUUUUUCUAUGACUAAAU